ACACGACACACGGGGAUUCCUGCAAGAGAGAGAUUGUUGGCUGGGAAUUGUGGUGUCUGGCGGAGGAGAGAUGAAGAAGAAGCAGACACGAGAGAGGAAAAUAUGAAGUCCAAGCGAGGUUUAAACGACGAACGCCUAAGGCUUGACAGAAGGUCAGGAUGUAUUGUGCUUGAGGAAGCCGAAUAUUUUUGGAUUUGGAACGAAACCGAAAAUUACCCGUUUACCACUAAUACAGUACCGACAUAAGAUCACAGGUACCGGUACUUGCUUGUAGCCAUAAGGCCAUAUCAUACGCUGUAGAAGAAAAAAAACAUCGUCAAAAAGGCCAAUUGGGAGCCUAUUUUAUUUAAUAUUACUAGGUGGUGAGUAACGGGGUCGAAUGGCGUGGUAGAGUGUCGAUUCGAUUGGGCCUUUUCUUGUUUUUCUUUUUUAAAGUUUUUAUUUUUUGAGCCGGCUUGCUUUCUGUUUCCCUUACAUCCGUAUGAUUUGUUCCGCUUGCCUGGUUGUUCAGGGGCUGCCCGCUGUUGAUCGGCAAGGAAGUUCAGGGAGGAGUCAGGGAAGACAAUGAUAGAAUCCCGCCAGAAGUGGGCUCGACCGAGUACUAUUUAUUAUCCGUACACAGCUUAUCCUCCUCCCAGAUCACGAAGAAGAGGCCAUAUCUUCUUGCUGUGCAGCUGUCGGACCAGAGGCUGAAUAACAUGACUUAUUUCCCGCCCGCAUUAUUAUGCAUGUCUAUCUAUACUCUAUAUUUUUAUGCUGGAUAAUUUCCCCGUAAGCACAACACACACACACACACACACACACACAGGUCAUGUGAUAUCCAAUCCUCCUCGAAAAUUGGAGCCUUGAUAUCAACAUGUCUACCUUCACUCGUUGUCGCAAUCCUGCAUCUCUCACUCCAACGAACAGCUAACAGCUGAUAGUCCCAAGGGGAAGAUCGUGUGUUUCUGUAUCCAUCCAAUCCUCUUCAUACCUCGGAGAAAUCCUACCUAGCUAGGAAGCGGGGUAUAUCGCCCAUCUGGUAACCUCUCUUGGGCUAACACGAAGCAGUUAACAAGCCCUUCUUACUUCUACACCAGGAGAAAUAUACAGAAGUGGCUGGAUAUAUAUCGAUUACCACGCAAAGAAACUUUGACAGGAUCUCUACUGAAUCCCCACGCCAAAACGCUGCGGAUCGCCUCGUUGGUGUUGGUGAGAGGUGCUCAACGGGUGAGCGUGCACCUUGAUCUCUAUUUAUUCGAAUAAGAGUUCCUUGAGAAAGGAGAAGAUAGGCUUGCUCAGAGAAGCGUGGAUACGACGUCCAAGCAAUCUACAGAGUAUGCGAAGGAAGAAAGAGAGCAAAACACAAGAGAUCGUCGAUAUCCUACACCUUUACCCCUCCCCUACCCUUGGCAUGUAAACGUACAUGUGCUGUACGUAUACAUCCAUCAACAGGAUACCAAACAACAAGGAGAAGUGAGAUAGAGAGGACAAAAGAAAUCGAAUAGAAGAAAAAACAGAAGGAGAAAAGAAAAAAAGAAAAGAAAAGAAAAGAAAUCCGAAAACAAAACACAGCCAUGACCAAAUCAGACCCUCUCUCCCCUCCACUCCCGCCUUCCAUCUCCACCUCCGCCUCCACCCCGCUCUCUACACCACCCCCAACUUCCACCACCACCAUCACAACACCCCCUUUCCCAAAACCCACCAUAAUCCCUCCCCGCGGCCCGCACACCCACACCCUAAUCCUCCUCCACGGUCGCGGUGGUAACUCCCUCGACUUCAGCUCGGCUCUCAUGACCUCCCCCAUGGAGCCCCCCACCUCCACGAACCCGGAUCGCUCAUCCCUGUCCCAGCGCUUCCCAGGUGUCAAAUUCGUCUUCCCAGACGCCAGGAUCGGCCGCUCCACAGCGAGCGGCAAGGUGAUGAUGCCGCAGUGGUUUGAUGUCGUGACGCUGCGGCCCGUGUAUGAGCGGGAAUGGGAGCUGUCGCGGGACGGGCUCAGGGCGUCGGUGGGGUAUUUGAUGGAGCUGGUGAAGGAGGAAGGGAGAAUAUUGGGCGGGGUUGGGAGGGUUAUUGUGGGAGGGUUUAGUCAGGGGGGUGUGGUUGCGUUGGGGGCUGCGGUGGCUUUUGAUGCGGAGGCUGAUGGGGGUGGGGAGGCGUUGGGGGGUUGUGUGGCUAUGAGUCCCUGGUUGCCGUUCCAGAGGGACCUGAUAAGGUUGGUUGGGAGUGAGGGAGAGAAGGAUACAGGCACAGCUGUGGUAGGCGAGGAGGAGGAAGAGGACAAGGACAGGGCCCCGGAGCCCGACCCGAGCCUAGCUGUCAAAGCCAAAACCUGGUUCCGAGAGAAUAUAUUGGGCAUCCCGCCGCCGCCCGUCGCAACGGACCCACAACCGCAGUCACAGUCAUCAGCUUCACCCCCCAAGACCCCCAUCUGGAUCGCGCAUGGGGCGCUGGACGAGCAUGUGUUGCCCCAGUUUGGCGAAGACGCUGCGAAGACGCUGGAAGCGUUGGGCUGGAACGUCACGUUUAUGCUGUAUGAUGAUUUAUCCCAUUGGAUUAUGCGAGAUGAAUUGGCGGAUUUGGCGAUUUUUUUGAAUGUCGUGGCUGGUGUUCCGGAUGAGGAGUGAAAAAUUCCGGUUGCCUCUUCGGGCCGUCCGGCAUAGGGAUUGGAAACAGGGGUGGAAAGAAAAAGAAAGGGGGGAGGAGGGAGUUGGGGGGUGGGGGGGGUGGUGGUUAACCCACGAAAGCGGAGAACGAGAUGAACGUUUUUACUCUUUUUUUUAAUUUUUUUUUUUUUUUUUUUUUUUUAAAAAAAAAAUAAUAAUAAUAAUAAUAAUAACCUAUCUUUGUUUAGCAGACGAUGCUGCAUGCUGUGAUGGACUGAAGUCACUUCUCCCCCCCUUUUUUUUAUCACUAUAAAUUUACAUAUAAGUCAGUCCCCUGUCCACAGGAAGACGUUCUUAAUAACCCGACCAACUAUGUACGUACAUCUAGAUAAUCCUGUAAAGGAGUAAUCUCGAUCUCUGCGACUGGUUUUGUGCUCCACAUCUUUGGUAACAUUACGUUACUUGAACCAACCUAUAGUUAAAUCAAAUUGAUUUUCGCUACUUUGCUUUUUAAACCAAUUUCUAGAUAUGGGCAAUAGAGGGGAGGAGGAGGGGCAGGCCGGUGUAUCUAGUAUGCAUAUCAGCAUACCAGUAACCGAAAGAAGAGGAACAUCA